AUGCCUCGUUAUCACCUCAAGUACCUCCUCGACGGUCAAACCAAAGUCGGUUGCGUUUCCUCCACCCUUUGUCCCCUCUACGCCCUCUUCCUGAUAGGUCUCGGUCUCUACGACCCUAUCAAGAAGAUUGUUGAUCCUCUCUGUCUCUCCUGCUUCCAGGUCCUGCAAGACUCGCCCUUCCUAAAGGACCUUAACGAGGGUGGCCACACUGUUCCGGGUGUCGAGUACCACUACGUGGUCUCCAACCAGAUGUUCAGCCCUCUUGCUUUCAACUCUAUCCGUGCGUUUUUCGACCGAUCGCUCAACCAGAAUUUUAAGUGUCUUGGUAGCGUUUUGUAG